AUGAUACUUAAUUCUGUGCUCAUAUAUACUGUCCCAAUUCUUCUUGGUUAUAUGAUCUUCAAAAUGGCUCUGAAAUCUGCUGUUGAACAAGUUGCUAGUACUGGUGCUUCUGCGGCGAAAAGCGCCAUUCCCAACCCAAAGCCGUUCCCCGCUUUUUUCUUUUCCCAUGGUGGCCCUACGUUUAUGUAUGGAAACGAAGACUCGGACUUAGGUGCAUUCAACAAGAUCAAGGACAUUGGCGCCCAAAUCAAAAACGAAUGGAAACCCGACUACAUUAUAGUUGUGUCGGCGCACUGGCAGCUGAAGUCGCCAAAGCUCAUUGAAGUGGCUGUCCCAAGCUCGAAUGGAUCCCAGGAUUUACAAGAAAACCUGUUGAUCUACGAUUUCUAUGGCUUUCCUCGCUACAUGUACACGGAACAGUUCCACACGAUGAACUCUAGAUUUGUCUCGGAGCAGAUCAGCCAGCAAUUGAAGCUGAGCGGAUUUGACUCGAGAUUAACCACUCGCGGAAUUGACCAUGGAACUUGGGUCCCUUUGAAAGUUGCAUUUUCCGAGUACAAUGCAUUGAAACCAUUGCCCAAGGGAGAGAAGCCACAGCUUGAUCUUCCUGAACAUCUUUGGUGCAAGUUUCUCUCCCUGGAUGGGACGAUGACUUCGAGUCACAGUUCAAGUUGGGUCAGGCUUUGA